AUGUCCAUGACACUGGGGUACUGGGACAUCCGGCUGGCCCACGCCAUCCGCCUGCUCCUGGAAUACACAGACUCAAGCUACAUAUAUAAGGCACGGGGGACGGUGUACACAGCUCCUGACUAUGACAGAAGCCAGUGGCUGAAUGAAAAUCUAAGCUAGCCUGACUUUCCCAAUCUGCCCUACUUGAUUGAUGGGACUCACAAGAUCAAUGGUAUAACGCCCAUCCUGCGCUAUUGCUCCAAGCACAACCUGUGUGGAGAGACAGAAGAGGAGAAGAUUCGUGUGGACAUUUUGGAGAACCAGGCUAUGGACGUCAAUCAGCUGGCCAGAGUCUGGCUAUGCAGCCUGGACUUGGUGAAAGUGAAGCCAGAAUACUUGGAGGGACUUCCUACAAUGAUGCAUUCACAGUUCCUGGGGAAGAGGCCAUGGUUUGUUAGAGACAAGGUAAUGGGGGCAUAUCACCUUGUAGAUUUCCUCGCCUAUGAUGUCCUUGACUUCCACCGGAUAUUUGAGCCGAAGUGCUUGGAUGCCUUCCCAAAUCUGAAGGACUUCAUCUCCCGAUUUGAGGGCUUGGAGAAGAUCUCUGCCUACAUGAAGUCCAGCCGCUUCCUCCCAAAACCUCUGUACACAAGGGUGGCUGUCUGGGGCAACAAGUAA